CUCUGCCUCCACAGGCCAUGGAAUGAUUGUUUCUUUGGAAGCGGCGCGGACAUACUUAUUGUUUUGCGAUGUAGUCGCAGUUGUGAGAGACCGCGUGAAGAGGAAAAAUCAUGUUCGCCAUGGCUGCUAGUAGCACCCCCCUGUGGCGAAAGGACGAAGAACACCGGAAACAGAAGCAGGGCCGGCGGCGGAGAGUGAAGUUGUUUCAUGGUGGGCAACUCGUACAAUUACGUGGUGGUCGUGGAGUACAACAGGUGCAGCAGACGAGCUCCAACUACAGCAACACAGGAGUUAAGACGCCCCACAAGAACCCGAAAAAUCCCCCGCAGAAAGCCUCUCCACCAGCAGCUGUGAGAACAACUGCCAGAACUACCAAGUAUCUGCUCGACGAGAACGGCGGAGGACGAAGUUCUACGCCAGAAGAAGCUGCUGGGACUCAGCAUGAAGAAGGUUCGUUUGUGUUGCAGCGUCUCGUCGGUGGUGCUAGGUUUCUGUUUCAUCACGACCAGGAUGGUGCUUCUGUUCGCAGAAGAUCUGCAGCACACUUACUUGAAGAAGAUGAAACAAAUGGCUAUCUUCUUCGCACUGCCCCAAAAGUUGCAGCAGUUCCAAGAACACUAACACGACCGACUGCACGACCUUCUGCACCGCGACCUCUUCUCCAACGUUGUUCUUGUUCCACGGAAGAACAGCAGCGGCACCCCAGCCAUGGUUCAUCAUCAUCUCUCAAGAAGGCCAGCAAACUACAUUCUACUUUCUGGAUUUGGCUGCGUGAGCCUACCGCCUUCGAGAGAAAGUACGGGGGACGACUACUCGGCGGCGCCCCGGAGGAUGACGAAGAUGUGGUUACCCCUUCUAGCGGCAGCAACGCUCUAGCCGCCUCGCGAUCUGCCUCGUCGGCCGCAGCGGCGCGUCAGGCUGCUGCGGAUAACGCUGUCAGCAGGGCGGAGAGCGCACCAAUCACCGUACAGCAAGUACAACAGCCGGCGCGGCUACAGGAGCCGUCAAUAUCUUACCGCUAUUGGGUCCGCUACAUUUUCCUACCGUCCCUACUGGUACUCCUGCAAGGGGUAGACGUGGGCACCAGCAGCGCCAUUGAGCUGCACCUACCAGCUGCUUCCAAAGGCCUCUUGAUGUCGUCGCCGACGCUUGGAGCGGUGCUGCUGUCUUUUUUCCUGAUGUUCUCGAGGCCACCGACGGGGAAGAUUCCGGGUGAUAGAGAAGUAGAUGAAGUACCUGCCCCCGCCCUCCAUGAUCUAGAUGCAGCUUCAGCAGCGCCGACAGCCGAACAACAUCAUGCUUCUUCACCGCGACUUCUCACCGAUUACCUGCAAGAGCCCCGACAGCUGUUCCGCAUUGCCUCCGCGCUUUUCUUCACCGGGAACCUUCUCGUUUGGAAAUCUGGCUUCCUCGUUACCGUCGCCACGGCGAAGACACUGGACACAAAAGUCUUAACUCUCACCACCACCGGGAGAAUUCUCAUCGGCAUUGCCGAGGGGAUCCAGCUGAUAUCCCUACCUCGGUUCUUGCGUAUGCAUUUACCCCCGGAAAAGUCCAACACACUGACGAAUUUUCUCGAGUUCCAAUUUGUGAACGGGAUGGUGCUUGGGAGUAUCGCCGGCUGCUUCUUCGCGCCGUUCAGCCAGCUGGUCGGUGCAGCUGCUUCUCCUGCGGGUAGUAGUACCGCGUCGGGUUUUGCGGUGACUAAACAUGUUACGAAAUCCGCGUUUUCGGUUGCCACCAACGCCUGGAGUGUGCCACUGAUGCUACCGAUCUCGCUGUUUUUAAACGUGGUGUGGAACUACCCGACAGGAGGUGCAGCUGCUGGGCAAGAUGAAGCCGGUCGUGAAGGUGGACGAGAUGAAACUGCGGUCGUGUCGUCCCCUGCUUCUGCCGUAGCGGUUUCAUCUUCUAGUUCAGGGCAGCAAGACGUAGUUGCAACAAGGACGGGUGGUGCUAGUGGUACAACAUCUUCGAUGACAUCUUCGAGUAAUACGGUGUACUAUGCUCAGCUCACACGCUUCGUCAGAUCUUUGCAACCCCUAAACCACGAGGAACUGUUGCAGGUCGGUGAAACGGAGGAUCUUGUCGAAUUGAGUGCCGCCGCACAGCAUACGAAUGUGACAAGUAGCGCUGGUGGUGCGAGGACAGGACAACAGCAUCAAGAAGGAGGUGCUUCUUCUUCAUCAGCAACUAUACCAAGACAGCACGACAAAAGCGCCUCUUUCUGGUACACGCUUUUCGGGUUCAACCAGAAUCAGGAGCGCGUAGCAGUGGACCAAAAUGGACGUGGUGCGGGUGAAACGGCGCCAGACGUUGAUGGAGCCGAAACAUCACACCGACAAGAGGAACACCAGCUUCCCCUUGCUGAACCGGAAAGUAGCAACAACAUCAAUCUACAGGAAACCCAACAAGAACCUCCGACCGAAACGGAAAUCAUGCGAAAAGCGGUUUUCGCUUCGACCGUCGUUAUGUUCACCCAAGCGCUUGUCGGCCACACCUCUGGAAUUCUGCCCUACGCGCAGGAAUUCCUGUCACCGAACCGAAACUUUUCGACAUUUUCAACUAGUACAUUAUCCGGCGCCACAACUGUGCCAUCACCCGACCUCCCCAACCCGCAGCGGCUGUCCCUUUCGAUCUUCAUUUUCAAACUAUUCGCGACUUUACACGCCACUACCUGGUUUGACAACUUUGGGAAGCGACAAAUCCUGCUCAACGGGGUCAACGCGGUGGGAUUAACGUACGCCUUAGCCUCGAUUUUCACGGAGUUGAAAUCCCAAGUCCUGACGACAGUAACCAUUCUCGCCUCUGUGAUUUCCUAUCAGUAUUCCAUCGGCCCGGUUUCCUUCGCCUACGUCGGGGAGUUGUUUCCGGAAAAAUUCCACCUCCAAGCCGGCUCGUUCAUGAUGUUUCUGAACUCUGCUGGGAACGCUGCAGUGACGUACUUCACGCCGAGAUUCCCCGAUAAAUCCGCGGUGUUGCUGUUUUUCUCGGUCAACGCGGCGAUCAGCUACUUAUUAGUGGACAAAUUCCUACCGGAAACGCACCGGCUGACGCUCCAAGAGGUGCAGAAGUUGUUGGCCAGCGGGGGGCUGUAUUUGGAUGGAGGUGCAGGUGUGGAGGAGGAAGGAAUGAUGUUGGGGGAAGGAACAGUGGUAAUGGUCGACGAGGACAGUGUCAGUGACGAGGAGGGAGAAGGAUAUCAUGUUCAUCGUGAAAAUUCAACUCGUCCACCUGUACGGCAAGUUGUGGAGCUCAACGAACGAAGAAGGGACAACGACGGGAACGAAAACAACAGUCCGGCCCUCGGGGAAGGAGGUGGGUUGGGGCUGCUGUAGUGCAAUAGUGAGAAUCAAAAUCAAGAGCUUGUACUUGGUGUAGAGAAGUUCUCGAACACUAUUGAAGAGAAAAUGUAGUCUGCCUGCCGGCUACUUCUUGACGAGGACGGCACGUUGCAUGCGCACGUUCCUAGCUGAGCUUUUUUUGAGAUUCGUUUCUGUUUCGUUCUUGGAUAAGUAGUUCAUCUACAAGCACUGUUGUAUGAUUUUCACGAAAACCAAAACAAAAAGAAAAACUAGAGUAGAUCUUGAUCUGCU